AUGUCGUCGUCGUCGGAAUCCAUCUUUCUCGAGGACUUCGGUCAGAAAGUAGACCUAACCCGGAGAAUCCGCGAAGUACUCGUCAACUAUCCCGAGGGCACAACCGUUCUCAAAGAGCUGAUUCAGAAUGCGGACGAUGCCGGAGCAACCAAGGUCCGUCUCUGUCUCGAUCGUCGAAUCCACGCCACUGAAUCUCUCUUGUCUCCUUCCUUGACGCAGUGGCAGGGCCAGGCGCUCUUGGCUUACAAUGACGCCGUGUUCACGGAGGAAGAUUUCCUCAGUAUUUCGAGGAUUGGUGGGAGUGCGAAGCACGGUCAGGCUUGGAAGACUGGCCGGUUCGGAGUAGGGUUCAAUUCCGUGUACCACUUGACGGAUUUGCCGUCUUUUGUCAGUGGCAAUUACGUGGUUCUGUUUGAUCCACAGGGGGUUUACCUCCCCAAUGUAUCGACGGCGAACCCUGGCAAGAGAAUCGAUUUCGUCGCUUCAUCUGCUAUCUCCGUCUACAAUGACCAAUUCUCUCCUUACUGUGCCUUUGGGUGCGACAUGAAAACUCCCUUUAAUGGAACUAUGUUCCGCUUCCCCUUGAGGAACUCAGAUCAAGCGGCGACGAGCAAGCUCUCGAGACAGGCCUACUUGAAUGAAGAUGUGCUUUCUCUGUUCGGUCAGCUUUAUGAAGAAGGUGUGUUCUCGCUUCUCUUCCUCAAGAGCGUGCUUUCAGUGGAGAUGUAUGUGUGGGAUGUUGGAGAGCCUCACCCAAGGAAGCUAUAUUCUUGCUCGGUUAGCUCAGUGAACGAUGAAGUUAUCCGGCACAGGAAAGCUCUUCUGAGAAUGACGAAGAAUUUACGGCUAUCCCCUACUCCUGGUUAUGGGGACAGUGAGAUGGAUUCUUAUUCAGUGGAGUUCUCGAGUGAGGAAGUCUGUGGAAGUGAAGUGAAGAAGAGAAUUGAUGUUUUUCAGGUAGUGCAAGCUAUGGCAUCUUCGAAUAGCAGAAUUGCUUCUUUCGCUUCCACUGCUUCUAAGGAGUAUGAUAUUCACUUGCUACCAUGGGCAUCUGUCGCAGCUUGCAUAUCAGAUAAUGAUGAUCUGAAGCUUGGUCGGGCAUUUUGUUUUCUUCCACUACCUGUUAGAACUGGAUUGAGUGUGCAAGUUAAUGCAUACUUCGAGGUUUCUUCUAAUCGCCGCGGCAUUUGGUAUGGGGAUGAUAUGGAUAGAAGUGGAAAAGUUCGUUCUGUCUGGAAUAGGCUUCUUUUAGAAGAUAUUGUCGCUCCUACUUUCAGAUGCUUGAUGCUUGGUGUACAAGAGAUGCUCGGACCAACAUCUUUGUAUUAUUCUUUGUUUCCCGUUGGUCGUUUUGAAGAGCCAUGGAGCAUAUUGGUCGAGAACAUAUACAGAAAGAUCAGUGAUGCUCCCAUGUUGAAUUCAGACCUAGAUGGUGGAAAGUGGGUGACUCCACUUGAAGCCUUUCUUCAUGACGGAGAGUUCACUAAAAGUAAAGAACUUGGUGAGGCCUUGCUGCAGCUAGGAAUGCCUAUUGUUCAUUUACCCAAUAACUUGUUUAAUAUGUUUUUGAAAUAUGCUUCUGGUUUUCAGCAGAAAGUGGUUACUCCAGAUACUGUACGCCAUUUCAUUAAGGGUUGCAAAUCUCUCCAGAAAUUGAGCAAAUUUUACAGGCUUAUGCUGUUGGAAUAUUGCCUCGAAGAUUUGAUUGAUUGUGAUGUUGCAAUCCAUGCAAGCAACAUGCCUUUGCUCCCGCUAGCAAAUGGCGAUUUCGGGGUACUUCGUGAUGGCUCAAAAGGGUUCCCUUAUUUUAUUUGUGAUGAUGAGUUGGAACAUAUGCUGCUUCAGAAAGUAUCUGAUAGAUUAAUUGAUCCAGAUAUUCCACCAAACAUUGCAACCAGACUUUCUUCCGUUGCACAAUCUUCAAACAUAAAUCUUACUAUUUUCAAGAUUGAAAACUUGCUGGAAUUAUUCCCUAGAUUUAUACCUAAUGACUGGAAAUACAAAGACAAGGUUGCAUGGGACCCUGAGACUAUUCAUACUCAUCCUACUGCAUCGUGGUUUAAGCUGUUUUGGCAAUAUCUUCGAAGUCGCUGUGAAAAGCUAUCCGUGUUUGGUGACUGGCCUAUUUUGCCUUCCACCUCUGGGCAUUUAUACAGACCUUCUAGACAGUCAAGAAUGUUAGCUGCAGAUAACCUUCCUGGUCUAGUCCAGGACUCCCUUAUUAAGUUUGGUUGCAAGAUACUUGAUCCCAGCUAUGGGGUGGGACAUUCAGAAUUGUCUCUCUAUGUGUCUGAUGCUGAUUGUGUGGGUGUCGUGGAGUCGAUUUUUGAUGCUGUCUCUUCAAAUGGUGGCGUAAUGGGAAGACCAUUUCAGACUUUGCUAGUGGAGGAGAGAGAUGAACUUCGGAGGUUUCUUCUUGAUCCAAAAUGGUACAUGGGAGAUCGCAUAAAUGAAUCCGUCAUUAGUACUUGCAAGAAGCUUCCCGUUUAUAGAGUUUAUGGGGGAACCUCUGUUGAAGAUGCCAUCUUCUCUGAUCUAGGACAUCCUCAAAAGUACUUGCCUCCCAUGGAUGUCCCUAGGAAUUUCCUGGGCGUUGAGGUCAUUAUGUGCUCCUCUGCUACUGAAGAGCAGAUUUUGCAAAAUAUUUUUGGAAUUGAGAGAAUGAAGAAGACACAGUUCUACAGGCAAUAUGUAUUUAGUACUGUGAAGGACUUGCAUCCUGGAGUGCGGGAUCCUGUGAUGCUCUCUGUCCUCCAAAACUUGCCACAGCUGUGUGUGGAGGAUUCUUCUUUCAGAGAAUGUCUCAGAAAUUUGGAAUUCGUCCCUACCCUAAGUGGGGGUAUUAGGUGCCCUGUGGCUCUCUAUGAUCCUCGCAAUGAAGAGUUGGCUGCUUUGUUGGAAGAUUCUGAUAGUUUUCCUUGUGGUACUUUUCUUGAACCUAAUAUUCUGGACAUGCUACAUGGCCUGGGACUCAAAACAUCUGUUUCUCCUGAGACAGUUAUAGAGAGUGCCCGACAAAUAGAAAAGCUGAUGCAUGAAGAUCAGCAGAAAGCUCAUUCCAGAGGGAAACUGCUUCUCUCCUACCUCGAAGUGAAUGCUAUGAAGUGGCUGCCCAAUCAAUCAAGCAAUGAUCAGGGGACUGUGAACAGAAUAUUCUCACGAGCUGCAAUUGCUUUCAGGCCGCGGCAUUUGAAAUCUGACCUUGAAAAAUUCUGGAAUGAUCUUCGCUUGAUAUGUUGGUGCCCGGUAAUGGUUUCUGCUCCUUUUGCAACUUUACCUUGGCCUCUGGUUUCAUCCAUGGUUGCUCCUCCUAGGCUGGUAAGGCCACAGGCCGAUUUAUGGCUUGUUUCUGCUAGCAUGAGGAUACUGGAUGCAGAAUGCUCUUCCACAGCAUUAGCAUAUAACCUUGGUUGGCUCUCUCCUCCGGGAGGAAGUGCAAUUGCUGCCCAAUUGCUCGAGCUUGGUAAAAAUAAUGAAAUCGUCAAUGAUCAGGUUCUUCGCCAGGAGUUGGCCUUGGCAAUGCCGAGGAUCUAUGCUAUGAUGAUUAGCUUAGUUGGUUCAGAGGAGAUGGACAUUGUAAAGGCUGUUCUUGAAGGUUCUCGUUGGAUUUGGGUGGGAGAUGGAUUUGCUACUUGUGAUGAGGUUGUUCUUGAUGGUCCUCUACAUUUGGCUCCUUAUGUACGUGUGAUCCCAGUAGAUUUAGCUGUUUUCAAAGAUUUCUUUUUGGAGCUUGGCGUACGAGAAUACUUCAAACCCAUUGACUAUGCUAAUAUUUUGACCAGAAUGGCAAUAAGAAAAGGCUCCUCCCCUCUUGAUUCCCAGGAAAUCAGAGCAGCUAUACUGAUUGUCCAACAUCUCGCUGAGGUUCAGUUUCAUGAGCAAAAUCUCAAAUUAUAUUUGCCUGAUGUUUCUGGAAGACUUUUCCCUGCGUCGGAUUUAGUCUAUAAUGAUGCUCCCUGGUUGCUUGGCUCAGAUGAAUCUGACAGCUCAUUUGGUGGCGCAUCAAUCAUGUCAUUGAGUGCAAAGAGGACAGUUCAGAAGUUUGUCCAUGGUAAUAUCUCCAAUGAAGUUGCUGAGAAGCUUGGAGUCUGCUCACUCCGUAGGAUAUUGCUGGCUGAGAGUGCUGAUUCAAUGAAUCUGAGUUUAUCUGGGGCUGCGGAAGCCUUUGGACAGCAUGAGGCAUUGACUACAAGACUUAAGCAUAUACUUGAGAUGUAUGCUGAUGGACCUGGUAUUCUUUUUGAGCUGGUUCAAAAUGCAGAAGAUGCCGGCGCUUCAGAAGUGAUAUUUCUUUUGGAUAAGACCCAGUAUGGAACGUCUUCAGUACUGUCUCCAGAAAUGGCUGAUUGGCAAGGUCCUGCACUGUAUUGUUUCAAUGACUCGGUUUUCAGUCCACAGGAUCUCUACGCCAUCUCCAGGAUCGGCCAAGAAAGUAAAUUAGAGAAGCCUUUCGCAAUUGGAAGAUUUGGACUUGGAUUUAAUUGUGUAUAUCAUUUCACAGACAUUCCAGCAUUUGUUUCUGGGGAGAACAUUGUUAUGUUUGAUCCACAUGCUAACAAUUUGCCUGGGAUCUCUCCUUCCCACCCUGGAUUGCGGAUCAAAUUCGUGGGAAGAAACAUCUUGGAGCAGUUUCCUGAUCAGUUUUCUCCAUUCUUGCACUUCGGUUGUGACUUGCAGCAUCCAUUUCCUGGAACGCUAUUUCGGUUCCCUCUUAGAAGCUCUAAUGUGGCAUUGCGCAGUCAAAUAAAGAAAGAAGCUUAUGUGAUUGAAGAUGUCAUGUCUCUCUUUGCAUCUUUCUCUGGUGUUGUUUCUGAAGCCCUGCUUUUUCUACGCCAUGUGAAGAAGAUCUCUGUUUUUGUGAAGGACGGAAAUGGUAGUGAGAUGCAACUUCUCCACCACGUGCGCAGGAAUUCUGUUAGUGAGCCUGAAAUGGUCAAUGCAGUUGAUGAUGUUUUCAGUCUUAUUGAUCGUAAUCGUUUUAGUGGAUUGGAUAAAGAUCAGACCGUCAAAAUGUUGAGCAAAUCCAUAGACAAAGACUUCCUGCAUAAGUGUCAGAAGAUUGUCGUUGCUGAGCAAAACCCUUGUGGAAGCCUGCUUCACUGUUGGAUAAUGGGUGAAUGUUUGGGCGCUGGAAGAGGAAGGAAAUUUUCUGGAGGUGAAUCUCAUAAAUCAAUUCCAUGGGCUUGUGUUGCUGCCUACAUACAUUCUGUGAAUGUGGAUGGGGAAUAUGAUGAAUCUGACAUGAGCUGCCAUUUCACACCGGACCUAUUUAAAGUUUCUAAUGCUUCAGUGCAAAGUAGGGAGAACUUCGAGGGCCGUGCUUUCUGCUUCCUACCAUUGCCAAUCAGUACUGGUCUUCCAGCACACAUUAACUCAUACUUUGAACUGUCUUCCAACCGCAGAGAUAUUUGGUUUGGUAAUGAUAUGGCAGGGGGUGGGAAGAAAAGGUCUGAUUGGAAUAUUUAUGUCCUUGAUAAUGUUGCUGCCCCUGCAUAUGGCCACUUGCUUGAGAAAAUUGCUAUUGAGAUUGGUCCAUGCGAUUUAUUCUUUUCAUAUUGGCCAACAGCAGCAGUGUUAGAACCUUGGGCAUCAAUGGCGCGGAAGCUUUAUCUAUUUUUAUCUGAAUCUGGUCUUCGUGUAUUAUAUACAAAGGCACGAGGAGGUCAGUGGAUUUCUUCCAAACAAGCACUCUUCCCUGAUUUUUCUUUUCAUAGAAUUCGUGAUCUUGUGGAGGCAUUAUCAGAUGCUGGUCUACCCUUGGUGACUGCCUCUAAGCUACUUGUUGAGCAAUUUAUGGAAGCAUGUUCCUCAUUGAACCUUCUAACACCACAAUUGUUAAGAACCUUGUUGAUCCGGCGGAAACGUGGAUUCAAGAACAGGAAUGCAGUUGUUGUAACCCUUGAAUAUUGUUUAGUUGAUUUGAAUCCCACUCAACCCGAAAAUUUGUAUGGUUUAGCAUUGUUACCUCUGGCCGAUGGUUCACAUGCUAGCUUUGAGAAAAAUGGGAAUGGUGAAAGGGUUUAUGUCACAUGGGGCAAUGAGUGUGGUCUUUUGAAGGAUUCACUUCCUCAUGUACUUGUGGAUGUGGAACUUCCAGAAAGUGUUAAACAAAAACUGUGUAGCAUUGCUGAGAGUGAGAAAUCCAAUGUUUCUCUUCUCUCCUGUCAUUUGCUUGAAAAACUCUUUCUGAAAUUGCUUCCAGCUGAGUGGCAGCUUUCAAAAAGAGUAACUUGGGCUCCUGGUCAGCAGGGUCAACCAACUCUAGAGUGGAUGCGAUUGCUAUGGAACUACCUAAAGUCAUCCUGUGAUGACCUCUCAAUCUUUUCUAAAUGGCCUAUACUUCCUGUUCAAGACAACAGUCUUCUGCGGCUGGUUCCAAAUUCAAAUGUGAUCGAGGACAAUGGCUGGAGUGAAAACAUGCGCUCUUUAUUGGUGAAAGUAGGAUGUUUAUUCUUGAGGAAUGACUUACCUUUAGAACACCCGCAGCUUGGGAACUUUGUGCAGCCUCCAACAGCAUCGGGGAUAUUAAAAGCAUUUCUGGCUGCUGCUGGGAAGCCAGAGGAUGUUGAGGGGAUUUUCGCGGAUGCAUCCGCUGGCGAGCUGCAUGAACUGCGGAGUUUUGUUCUUCAAUCAAAAUGGUUCAUGGAAGAACAGAUGGAUGACUCACUUAUUGAGCUCAUCAAACAACUUCCUAUGUUUGAGUCCUACAAAAGCAGAAAACUAGUUAGUCUGACUAAGCCUACAAAAUGGCUUAAGCCAAAAGGUGUCCGGGAGGAUCUCUUGGAUGAUGAUUUUGUGCGUGCUGAGUCGGAGAGAGAAGGAAUUAUUUUGAGGAGAUAUUUGGAGAUUAGGGAACCAUCAAGAGUGGAAUUCUAUAAAGGUUAUGUACUGAACAGAAUGCCUGAGUUUCUUUCACAGCAGGGAGCUGUUUCAACAAUUCUACAGGAUGUGAAGCUGUUAAUUACAGAUGAUGUCUCCAUUAGAUCUGCCCUUUCCGAGACACCUUUUGUUUUGGCUGGCAAUGGAUCUUGGCAACAGCCUUCAAGGCUAUAUGAUCCUCGUGUUACUGAGUUGAGCAAUGUGCUCCACUUACAGGCCUUCUUUCCUGCAGCUGAAUUUUCUGAUCAGGAAACUUUGGAUGUUCUGGUCAAUCUUGGACUUAGGAGAAGCUUGGGCUUCUCUGGUAUUCUUGAUUGUGCUAAAACAGUGUCACUGUUGCAUGACUCUAGUGACUCUAAAGCAGUGGAUUAUGGGCAGAAGGUGCUUUCCUAUUUAAAUGCACUUGCACAUAAGCUGUCAGCCAAGGAUGGUGAUGGCGUCCCUAAUGAGCUUCAUGAUGAUAUAGGUGCUCAGAAUAUUCCAGCUGAAGAUGCAGAUGCUGCGGAUAUUGAUUCUUCUGGGAUUGACAGUAGAUAUCCUAUCAAUGAUCCAAAUAUUGAAUGGUUUUUGGAAAAUUUCAGUUGUGAUAAAGUGGAGGAGGAAUUUUGGUCCGAAAUGAAGACCAUUGCUUGGUGCCCUGUUUGUAAAAAUCCACCUAUAGAAGGAUUGCCAUGGUUAUCAUCUAACAGUCAAGUUGCAUCACCAGUUAUUGUCAGACCUAAAUCUCAGUUGUGGAUCAUGUCUAGUAAAAUGUACGUCCUGGAUGGUGAAUGCAAGAGUAUGUACCUGCAGCAAAAGCUUGGCUGGACAGAGCUCCUGAGUCUGGAUGUUUUGUCUGCACAAUUGAUAGAGUUGUCUAAAUCAUAUGAACAGCUCAAGCUACAUACAUCCAAGAGACCAGAUUUGGAUGCUGCAUUUCAAGUGGGCAUUCCUACACUUUAUUCUUGUCUCCAAGAAUAUAUUGGCAGUGAUGAGUUUGUAGAUUUGAAGACAGUUCUUCGUGGUGUUUCUUCGGUUUGGAUUGGUGAUGAUUUUGUAUCACCAACAGCACUUGCAUUUGAUUCACCUGUGAAGUUUACCCCUUAUUUGUAUGUUGUACCAUCUGAGUUAACAGAGUUCAGGGAACUACUCCUUGAAUUAGGAGUGAGACUGAGUUUUGAUAUUUGGGAUUACUUUCAUGUGCUGCAGCGAUUGCAAAAAGAUGUGAAAGGGCCUCUUUCAACUGAUCAGUUAGGUUUUGUCCAUUGCAUCCUGGAGGCCGUGGCAGACUUUUCUUCUGAAAAGCCAUUAGUCGAGGCCUCUAGUACGGCUUUGCUAAUUCCAGAUUCUUCUGCAUUUCUUGUGUGUGCUGGGGACCUUGUAUAUAACGAUGCACCAUGGAUAGAGAACAGUGUUCUACUCGGAAAACAUUUUGUGCAUCCAAGUAUCAGCAAUGAUUUGGCAAGCAUGCUAGGAGUUAAGUCUCUCCGCUGCCUGUCCUUGGUUGAUGAAGACAUGACUAGAGAUCUACCUUGCAUGGACUUUGGUAAAGUGAGUGAACUUCUUGCAUUGUAUGGGAACAAUGACUUUUUAUUGUUCGACCUUCUUGAACUGGCAGACUGCUGCAAAGCCAAAACACUGCACCUUAUCUUUGACAAAAGGGAACAUCCUUGCCAGUCAUUGUUGCAGCACAAUUUGGGUGACUUUCAAGGGCCAGCUCUCGUUGCUGUCCUGGAAGGUGUCAGCUUGAAUAGAGAGGAGAUAAGUAGCCUUCAACUUCUUCCCCCCUGGAGACUUCGGGGUGAUACUAUGAACUAUGGCCUGGGAAUUCUUGGCUGUUAUUUCAUAUGUGAUGUGCUAUCCAUUGUUUCUGGUGGCCACUUCUAUAUGUUUGAUCCACGUGGUUUAGCACUUGGUACACCUUCAAGUUAUGCUCCUGCUGCAAAAAUGUUCUCCUUAACAGGUACUAAUUUGACUGAGCGUUUCAAGGAUCAGUUUAAGCCUAUGAUGAUUGAUCAAGACUUGCCAUGGUCUUCCUCAGAUUCUACUAUCAUUAGAAUGCCAUUGUCAUCCGAAUGUCUUAAGGAUGGUCUUGAUUUGGGGUUGAAAAGAGUGAAGAGUAUAUUUGAUAGAGCUGAGGAGCACGCGUCAAGGUUACUUAUUUUCUUGAAAUCGAUUCUAAAGGUGUCACUCUCAACAUGGGACGAGGGAAAUAGACAGCCUCGUCAAGAUUUUUCAGUUUCUAUUGAUUCUUCUUCAGCCUCAUUGAGGAACCCAUUCUCUGAGAAGAAGUGGAGGCAGUCUCAAAUAGCAAGAUUCUUCAGUAGUUCAAAUGCUGCAACUAAACUGCAUGUCAUAGAUGUGAAAUUGUACAAAGGCACUACGAAAUCAGUGGACCGAUGGCUCAUUGUACUUAGCCUUGGCUCUGGCCAGACCAGAAAUAUGGCUCUUGAUAGGCGGUAUCUUGCGUAUAGCUUAACCCCAGUUGCUGGAGUUGCUGCUCUCAUUUCAACAAAUGAACACCCUGCUGCUGUCAACCUUAAGGGCUCUCUCAUGUCUCCUCUUCCUUUGUCUGGAGUCCUACCUUUACCUGUCACUGUACUUGGAUGUUUUCUUGUGCGGCAUAAUAAAGGUCGUACUCUCUUUAAGCUCCAGAAUAGACGAGCAGUGACACAAGCACAGACAGAAGCUGGAGAUCAGUUGCUUGAAUCUUGGAACAGAGAAUUGAUGUCUUGUGUUCGUGAUUCAUACGUUCAUAUAGUGGUGGAAAUGCAGAAGUUAAGAAGAGAGCCAUCAAGUUCUGCUCCUGAAUCAAUUGCACUUCGGGAUGCUGCACGGUCUUUGAAGGCAUAUGGCGACAAAAUAUAUUCAUUUUGGCCAAAAUCUUAUGGGAACACAAUAAUGAGUCAGCCUGGAGAUGCCGAUAACUCCAUAUCAGCCGAUGUGCUUAAUUCUGAUUGGGAAUGCUUGAUCGAACGAGUCGUUAGGCCGUUUUAUGUCCAAGUUUCUGAUCUUCCAGUAUGGCAGCUUUACUCUGGAAGUCUGGUCAAGACUGAAGAGGGUAUGUUUCUUUCACUGCCUGGAAAUGGAGUAGGCGAUAAUGUGCUUCCAGCGACCGUUUGUAGCUUCGUGAAGGAGCAUUAUCCAGUCUUUUCGGUGCCAUGGGAAUUGGUGACAGAGAUCCAGGCUGUUGGGGUUGUGGUACGAGAAAUCAAGCCUAAGAUGGUUAGGGAGCUUCUGAAGUUUUCAUCAAGAUCUUUUGUUCUUCGGUCGGUUGACACCUAUAUUGAUGUACUUGACUACUGUCUAUCAGAUGUUGAAUUCCCUGAAUUCUCAAAUUCUGAUGGAAAUGAUUUGGCUUCAGGGAGUCUUACAUCAGCAACCAUGCAUAGGGCACCCAAUAGAGUAGCUAGUUCUGCUUCAAUGCCUGACAUGCAGAGGUUUGAUGGUUCAUCUGCACAGGGUGCAGCUAGUUCUGGUGAUGCUCUGGAGGUGAUGGCUAGUUUGGGGAGGGUAUUAUUUGAUAUAGGCAGGGGGGUUGUGGAAGAUAUUGGUAGGUCUGGGGGACCCUUAGUUCCAAGGGAUGUGGCAUCAGAUUCUAGAGCCAGAUAUCUUGAUCCGAAGUUUCAACAAGUCGCAGGUGAAUUGAGAGGCUUACCUUGUCCAACUGCAGCUGAUAAUUUAGCUAGACUAGGAAGUACUGAACUAUGGAUCGGUGACAAGGAUCAGCAGGUUCUAAUGCUACCUUUAGCAGCAAAGUUCGUUCAUCCUAAAGUACUUGAUCGAUCCAUCCUCUCUGAUAUAUUUUCGAGGUGUGCCACACUAGCAUUAUUAAAAGUCAAGUCUUUCUCUUAUCAACUACUGGCAAGACAUAUGAAGUUGCUUUUCCAUGAGAACUGGGUGAAUCAUGUAAUGGGUUCAAAUUCAGCUCCAUGGUUUUCGUGGGAAAAUACAUCAUCUCAUGGUGGCGAAGGGGGCCCGUCCCAUGUAUGGAUACGAUUAUUUUGGAAAUGCUAUGGUGGGUCGUCUGAAGAGCUUUCUCUUUUUACCGAUUGGCCUCUAGUUCCUGCUUUUCUUGGUAGGCCUAUCUUAUGCCGUGUAAAGGAACGGAAUCUUGUUUUCUUUCCUCCCCCUCUCACAGACCAAGUACCUGGAAAUGGAGUUACAGAAAUGAAUGAUGACGCAGGAGAUAGUGCAAAUAUUCACAUGAGUCAUACUACUGAAGGAAAUUCUAUGGAACCCUACAUUUCAGCUCUGAAUCAAGCCAAGAGCAGGUAUUCAUGGUUGUUAUCACUUCUUAACCAGUGGAACAUACCUGUGUUUGAUGCUACAUUUGCGGAUUCUGCUUCCUCGUGUUAUGUUCUUCCGUCUGCUAGUCAAUCGCUGGGUCAAGUAAUUGCCUCCAAGUUUGUUGCAGCUAAACGUGCUGGCUAUUUCCCUGAAAUCCUAACACUUCCAGAUUUGGAUCGAGAAGAGCUUUUUACUCUCUUUGCUAGUGAUUUUGUUUCCAAUGGUUCCAAAUAUGGAGUUGAAGAACUGGAAAUUUUGCGCUCUUUGCCUAUAUACAAGACAGUUGUUGGAUCUUACACUCAAUUACGGGGUCAUGAUCAGUGUAUGAUCUCUUCAAAUUCAUUUCUGAAGCUGUCUGAUGAGCGCUGCCUUUCUUGUUCAACAGAUUCUGUCGGAAGUUCAUUGCUCCGUGCCCUUGGGGUUCCUGAAUUAGUUGAUCAACAGAUUUUAGUGAAGUUUGGAUUGCCAGGAUUUGAGAGGAAACUUCAAUCUGAACAGGAGGAUAUCUUGAUUUAUCUUUACACAAAUUGGCAAGAUCUGCAGUCAGAUUCUUCCUUAGUUGAAAUUUUGAAGGAGACAAAGUUUGUUAGGAAUGCAGAUGAAUUCUCAACAGAUCUUUCCAUACCUAAGGAUCUUUUCGAUCCAAGUGAUCCUUUGCUAGCAUCUGUGUUCUCAGGUGAAAGGAGGAAGUUUCCUGGAGAAAGGUUUAGUACAGAGGGCUGGCUUCGCAUUUUGAGGAAAUCGGGUCUUCGAACUGCGGCUGAAGCUGAUGUGAUACUUGAAUGUGCUAGAAAAGUUGAAUCUCUUGGGCGUGAUGAAGACAAGUCAAUAGAGGACUUCGGUGAUUUCGGGAAAGAUUUGAAUUCUUCUAGUGAUGCGAUUUCUGCAGAAAUAUGGGCGCUAGCUGGGUCAGUUGUUGAGGCUAUAUUAUCCAACUUUGCAGUUCUUUACAGCAACAGCUUCUGUAAUCAUCUGGGGAGGAUUGCCUGUGUCCCUGCAGAACUAGGGUUUCCUAACAUUAGUGGAAAGAAAGUGCUCACCUCAUAUAGUGAAGCAAUUUUGGUGAAGGAUUGGCCUUUGGCUUGGAGUUCUUCUCCCAUUAUAUCUAGACAAAAUUUCAUUCCACCAGAAUACUCUUGGGGAGUGCUACAUCUGAGAAGUCCUCCACCCUUCGCUAGGGUCCUUCAACAUUUAAAGGUAAUUGGAAGAAAUGGCGGUGAAGAUACUCUUGCUCAUUGGCCAACAGCAUCUGGCAUUAUGACAGUUGAUGAAGCAUCAUCCAAAGUAUUGAAGUAUCUGGAUAGUGUCUGGGAUUCUCUAUCUUCUUCAGAGAAAAAAGAAUUACAGGGUGUAGCAUUUCUGCCUGCUGCUAAUGGAACACGCCUGGUGAUGGCGAGCUCUCUAUUUGCGAGGUUGACAGUAAACCUGUCGCCUUUUGCCUUUGAACUUCCAACUCCCUAUCUUCCUUUCGUGAAGGUCCUCAAAGAAUUGGGCCUUCAGGAUCUGUUAUCUGCUGCUGCUGCAAAGGAUCUUCUUCUAAACCUCCAAAAGGCAUGUGGAUAUCAACGCCUCAAUCCAAAUGAACUCCGUGCUGUAAUGGAAAUCCUCUCAUUUCUGUGUGAUACAUCUGUCAAGGCAACUCCAUCCGAUUUGUGCAACUGGAAAGAAGAUGCAAUCAUCCCAGAUGAUGGUUGCAGACUAGUUCAUUCAAGGUCAUGCGUAUAUGUCGAUUCUUAUGGUUCUCAGUAUGUAAAUAGCAUUGACACCACCAGAUUAAGAUUUGUCCACCAAGACAUCCCAGAGAGGAUGUGUUUACUUUUGGGCAUCAGAAAGCUAUCUGAAGUUGUUGUGGAGGAACUUGAUCAGGAAGAACAUCUACAGCCACUAGAAAGUAUUCGAUCUGUGCCUCUCUCUGUUAUCAGGAAGAAGCUGUUGAGCAGAUCAUUCCUCGAUGCUGUGUGGACUAUUGUGAAUAGCGUAGCGAAUCCUAAUACCCCGACCACUAAUUUACGAGUGGAAACUGUACAUAGUUCUCUGCAACUGGUUUCUGAGAAGUUGCAGUUUGUUAAGAUGCUCCACACUCGUUUCCUCCUCCUUCCAAGAUCUCUGGACAUCACUCUUCUAGCAAAGGAUUCCAUUAUCCCUGAGUGGAAAGACGGGCCUAAACACAGGAGUCUCUACUUUGUCAACCGGUCGAAGGGCUUGGUUUUCGUUGCUGAACCGCCUCCUUACAUAUCUGUUCUUGAUGUUGUUGCUAUUGUAGUCAGUCAGAUUUUAGGGUUCCCUAUGUCGUUACCUCUUGGAUCUUUAUUUUUAUGCCCAGAAGGUGGUGAAGCUGCUAUUCUCGAUAUCCUCAGACUUCGUUCUGAGAAAAGAGAGCUGGACCCCACAACCAACAAAUUGGUGGGCAAGGAGAUACUUCCUCCUGAUGCUCUUCAGGUACAACUUCAUCCGCUGAGACCCUUCUAUAAGGAUGAAAUGGUAGCAUGGAGGUAUCAGAAUGGUGAAAAGUUGAGAUAUGGUAGAGUUCCGGAGGAUGUCAGGCCAUUGGCUGGCCAAGCCCUCUAUAGAUUGAAGGUAGAAACUGCACCUGAGACAGUUGAGCCUCUACUGUCUUCUCAAGUGUUCUCUUUUAGAAGCAUAUCAAUGGGGAAUGAAGCUUCUUCCUCUGUAAUACCCGAGAGUAGUCAAGCAGUAGUUGAGACAAGGGGCCCUAACGAGACUCCUGAAAGUUCUGGUGGAAGCAAAAUACCUAAAUCUUCCCAGAGCUUGAAGGAUCUUCAAUAUGGUAGAGUAUCAGCUGGUGAACUUGUUCAGGUGGUACACGAUAUGCUUUCCACGGCAGGGAUAAACAUGGACGUGGAGAAGCAGUCUCUAUUGCAGAGAACUUUGUCUUUACAAGAGCAGUUGAAAGAGUCGCAAGCAGCGCUACUGCUUGAGCAGGAGAAGGCGGAAGGGGCGAGCAAGGAAGCCGAGACGGCAAAAGCGGCAUGGGUCUGCCGGGUGUGUUUGACCAAUGAAGUCGACAUGACAAUAGUGCCUUGUGGUCAUGUCCUGUGUCGCCGAUGCUCCUCUGCUGUUUCUAGGUGUCCGUUCUGUAGGCUUCAGGUCACCAAGACCAUAAGAAUUUUCCGACCAUAG